AUGCCCGAGAGUCUGGGAGGUGGGGCGUCUGGAGUGGCUAACGCCCACGCCCACCGCAACCGCGAGCCCAACAUCUUCUGGACCACAGUCGCACUCUACGUGCUCAUCGUUUUCUUGAUUAUCGCAAUCCAAGUGAUUAACUGUUGCUGCUGUUGCGGUGGUGGUGGUUGUGACGAAACAGGAGUGUAUGGAACGAUGAAUCCUUUGCAAGUGGCUGCGUUGCGCAGCGAAUUCGGACACAAACAACUAGUGUGCCGCAUCGCGUACAUCGCAGUCCUGGUAAUCACGAUGGCCUUCCUGGCAGCCUGCAUCAUCCUCAUAUUCGUCUACUUCAGCAGCAUCGGUGUGCUCAUGAGCUACCUGGAAGCCCACAACGGGAGUGCAGAGGAGACGAGUUCCAUCCAAAAUGGACUGCAAGCACUCACGACACACGUGACGCAGUUCUUGAAUACAGGCAUUGAGUCUGGACGCACGCUGACUAAUGCAUCUCUUAGCGACUUCAUGAAUAAAACGAACGCGCGAAUCGCAUCCGGACUCUCUGGAACGAUUGAUGAUUUGCUGGUUUAUCUGAAUGUGUCGAAUGUUUUGACGAAAGGAAACGACACUGUUAAAGCGGUGAAAAAUUUCUCCGCCUACGUGACCAAUGCAAGUACUUCGGUUGAAGCCUUAAUUAAGGGCAUUGACGUUCUUUGCAAAAGGAUGGAUGAAGCCCGUAAAGAAUUUAAUACUUCGUUUGCUAUGGUUCCAAAUUGCAGCACCGAAAAUGAAUGCCAAAGCUUGAAAACAGCAACAGAAAUGUUGUAUUGUCCAAUUGAUCUCAGUGCAAUCAACGCAACAGCAACGAAGAACUUUACCACAGAACUACUAAAAACGGUAGCUGAAUUCGAGCAGAAAUUGGCAAAUGUCUCUAAUGCAAUCAACGAUAUUAAAUCGUCUGCAGCAGAUAUGGUUGGCUCGGUUGAGGAAAAACUUGACCUCAAAACGGUGCUCGAUUCGAUCAACAAGUUUUGGGAUGACACCAAUGCACAGGUUGGUGUGAUGCUGGUCAUCGCAGCCCUCAUUGCUGCACGUCUUCUGUACCGCGCUUUUCGAGAUCGACUCUACGCAGGCGCUGACACCGUGCUCACAUAUUCACCCGGUAAUAAGUGGGACAAGAUUGUCUGCGGAAAGGGGUCGGUCUGCUGCUGUUCGGCGAUUUUCAUUCCAAUCCUGCUCAUCUUCGCCGCCAUUAUUGCAGUGCUGCUAUUCGCGUUGACGUCGGUAUCAGGCGAAGCCUGCAUCUACGUCACACGGGAAACAGGUGUGAACAAGACUGACUUCGUGGUGGACGGAUUGUUGGCUCGGCGAUGGUCGUCACUUGUCGGUAGGUCGGUUGGAGGAGCCAACGACUUCCUCAACACCCCACCUCCCAAACACGUGCUCUACGCCCUCACCCAGAGCUGUCGUGGCAGCACAAAGCAGUCAUCCCGACGUGGCCUUCUGUCUGCUGUGGGGUACACUAAUCUGGUGGAUGUCUCGAAAUUGGUUAAUAGCCAACAAGUGCAGGAGGGAAUUAAAGAAGGAAAGAAAGUUGUUGUUGAUGAAGUAAAGAAACUAAAUGUCUCGUCAAAACUACCAAAUCCAAGUGACUUGGACGCAGCAAAAAGUGGUCUCCAGAAUGCAAUAAACGGUCUUAAUCUGACUGUACUCAUCAACUCGACAGAUUCGACGCUGCUAAACACUACAGAAAUUGAAACACUUAUUGCCAAACUGAACAAUUUUACUGCCACGAACUUUACUGCCAAGAAUUCUUCAUUGCCUGACUUUUCGAAGGGAAUCGCCGCUCUAAAUGACACAGUCGUGCAAAUGAACAAGCUCAAACCGCAGAUGAAUGCCACGCGUAUUCAACUUGAGAACGUUAACCAGGAAAAAGAUAAUAUUUCGUCGCCUGUUGAGGAACUAAUUGGGGCCUUUAAUGCAACUAUUAGUAUUGCUGGUAAUGAAUCCAAGUUGGCAGACAAAGUCGAAACUGAGUAUGACAAGGUGACCAAGCAACUGCUUGCCUUCAUGGAGAAGGACGGUGGUGAGGCAUUCUCCCAUCUCACCAAGGAACUCUUCCCCUGUGAGGAGGCCUACCAAGCAGUCAAUGUGGCACUGGCUGUGUCCUGCGGUGACGAGGGCGCCCUCAAUCGAUUCAUCGGUGUGGUCUACGUCCUGGCACUCACCGUCCUCUUCAUCUGCUUCUUCUACUUCUCCCUCUUCAACCUCGCCUUCAUGCAGGCCAUCCAGAUUCAUCGAUUGUCGGCCUCGGAACUCGAAGACUCUAGUAUCGACUUCGAAGACGAUGAAAGCGAGGACGAAGAUUCCACCUAA